AUGAGAGACAGAGAGAGGAGACGAUAGAGGAGAGGGACGCCCGCCUUGAUCGUGAGGAGGAGGCACGGUUGCAGUCUAUGCCGAGGUGAGAGGGGAGAGAGGCAUACGAGGCCGAGCAGCGCAGGUUGAGGGAGUUGGAGACCAGCGGAUCACGGCCUGCUGGUGGAUCGCAGAUGGACAGUGGUGGACCGCCCGUUGGUGUGCAGAGCGAUCGUGGCGUCGUUGGUGACACUGAAGGCCGGCUGCAUGGAGAUGACGGUGCUGAGGACGCAGGAGUGGAUAGCUCUCAGGACGGCGACGGGAGAGAGGUCACAGGCGAGGAUACCAUCGAAAGAGUCAUCGUUGGCCUUUGCGCGGCAGAUGUGGAGGGUGGAUUGCAGGGAGUCCAUGGCACUUCACAGAUGGGGGAUGUUGUUGUAGAGGAGGAGGCAGGGUUCUGCACUGACCGUGAGCGCAAUGACAGUGGUGCAGGACACAGUCCUGUCAUGGAGGGUGGGGUCCACGUUCGCGAGGAGGCAUGGUCGUCCCCACCGCGGGACGUAGAGGGAGACAUGUCCCUCGCGUUGAUUGUGAGGCCCCCGUCGGCUUUUUACGCCGAUGAGGGCCACACGGGUUGCCGGAUGGACGAGAGGCCAGGGGAGUCCACUCCACCCUCUCUUGAUCAAGAGGAGUUGGAGCGCGUGGGGAUGGAGGACCCUUACGAUCACACGGGUCGGGGAACUGUAUGCCCCACCCAAAGUAUGCCUCUGCCUGCCCCAUACUCUAAUCUGCCCCUGCUGAGGUUUGAAAGCUCCCCUCCCCCCCAAAGUAUGCCUCUGCCUGCCCCAUACUCUAAUCUGCCCCCGCUGAGGUUUGAAGUCUCCCUAAGAGUAUCCCACACAGAUCUGCUCAUACCCCCUUUAGGGCUUCACUACCCACCUUGUGCAGCCCCUGCAGAGCAGAGCUCACCCUCCCCGUCAAACCAGCCUACCCAUUUUCGAAUGAUAAUCUCAAAGACUAACAGCAGACAUGUUCUUCCAUUUGGCGGUGAGACACGGAAGAUGGGCUGUUAGGAGUGAAGCGCCCUUUCCCCAUUUUAGGGAUAGAUUCAGCAACACUGAUUUGGACACGGUGGAACUCAGGCAAAUGGGCGUACAUAUACUGGCUCUGCGACCAGGUGCAGGAUGACCAUGGCCUUGGCUUCUGCUCAGCAUCUAUUGCAAACGUGUGGGAGGGUGCUGGCCUGGUUCAUUGCCCUCUCCACCUAUUUAUUAGCCAAGACAGCCUCAUGAGUACCGGGCUGAUUGGUUGGCCAUGAUGAGAUUGAUGGGGAACUUUGUGUAUUUGCUUUCCUUCAUUACUGGGUUUGGAUUUUUUGUUACAUUGCCGGCAUUUCCGUU